AUGUGGAGUCACGUGGCAGAGAUGGCCGGUGAGGAUGGGGUUAAGACAUUCGGAUGGGCAGCAAGAGACACCUCCGGCAUCUUAUCUCCCUUUGAAUUCACAAGAAGGGCAACCGGUGCCAAGGAUGUUAGAUUCAAAGUGCUGUUCUGUGGAAUCUGUCACACAGACCUCGGUGCUGCAAGAGGUGACUUGGGCUUGCCUAUAUACCCGCUUGUACCUGGGCAUGAAAUUGUUGGAUUUGUGACCGAAAUCGGAAAACAGGUAACAAGAUUCAAAGUUGGAGAUAAAGUUGGGGUGGGCUGCUUUGUUGGGUCAUGCCGCUCGUGCGAGCAAUGCUCAAAUGAUUUAGAGCCUUAUUGUCCCAAGAACAUCAUGACCUACCUCUCCAUUGGCGAAGAUGGAGCGCCUACUCAUGGAGGAUACUCCAAUGAGAUGGUGGUGGACGAGCAUUUCGCAAUUCGCUGGCCGGAGAACCUCCCUCUUGAUGGUGGUGCUCCGCUUCUCUGUGCCGGCUCUAGUGUAUACAGUCCAAUGAUGUAUUAUGGGUUGAACAAACCAGGAAGCCAUCUGGGCGUUGUGGGACUUGGUGGUUUGGGCCAUGUGGCAGUAAAAUUUGCCAAGGCUUGGGGGCUCACUGUAACUGUCAUCAGCACCUCAGCUAGGAAGGAGGAGGAAGCCAUCAAUCAUCUUGGAGCUGACAAGUUUUUGGUCAGCACUGAUCCACAACAAAUGCAGGAGGCCACUGGCACAUUGGAUGGUAUAAUUGACACAGUAUCUGCUUUUCAUCCGGUCAUGCCAUUAUUUGGUCUGCUCAAAACUCAUGGAAAGCUUGUUGUCGUUGGGGCACCGAAUAAGCCCCUCGAAGUGGACAUCCUUCCCCUCAUUAUUGGGAGAAAAAUGAUGGGAUCAUCUGCUGCUGCGGGGAUAAAGGAGACUCAAGAGAUGAUUGAUUUUGCAGCAAAGCACAAUAUCACUGCAGAUGUUGAGGUCAUUCCUGCGAAUUAUGUUAACAAAGCAAUGGAACGUCUUGAGAAGGGAGAUGUUAGAUAUCGAUUUGUUAUUGAUAUUGGGAAUACUCUUGUGGCUGCCCCAAGUACUUGAUUGCUU